CAUCAUCUAUUUGCCCGCUGUUGGUCUCAGUUUCUGUGCGCCCAAUUUCUACCCCUUUCGGGCGCGAAUAAUCAACUUGAGGUUUAACAACGAGAAUACGCAGUUCGGACUCUGUUUCACUUUUGAUUCAUUGCCACUCAACAUUGUUGCACCAUGCCUUCUCCCAAGCAAAGAAAGGUCGCUAUUGUCGGCAGCCGCUCAGUCGGCAAGUCGUCUCUCGCGGUGCGGUUCGUCGAUGGCCACUUUGUCGACAGUUACUAUCCUACGAUUGAGAAUACCUUCAGCAAGAUGAUUAAGUACAAGGGCCAAGAUUACUCAACCGAAAUCGUCGACACAGCGGGUCAGGAUGAGUACAGUAUUCUCAACUCGAAGCACUUUAUCGGCAUUCAUGGCUACAUGCUUGUCUACUCAGUAUCAUCACUGCCAUCCUUCGAGAUGGUGCAAGUCAUUCGCGAGAAGAUUCUCAACCACCUGGGCACUGAGUCGGUCCCCAUCUGCAUCGUCGGCAACAAGAGCGACUUGCGACCCGAGCAACGACAGGUCACACCCGAAGAUGGACAGAAGCUCUCCGAGAAGAUACAAUGCGGCUGGACCGAGGCGAGCGCGCGAUACAACGAGAACGUGGGCAAGGCUUUCGAGCUCUUGAUCGGGCAGAUCGAGAAGUCGCAGAACCCCGGCGAGCCUCCGAGCAAGAGCAAUUGUAUUCUGAUGUAAAGACAAUUGCGAAACACUUUUACAAAGAGGCAUAUUAUUUUGCCAGACAGUCACGAUCACGAUGAUGACGAUUCAGUCUCAGGCCGCGGGGCGACCAGACCAGGCCGGUCACAAGGUGAUUGGCC